AUGGAAGAGCUUUUUAAAAGAGAAAUUUUCUUACCUCUUGUUGACAGUGUGACUACAUCUCUUACAGAACGAACUGCCCAGCUAAACAAACACCAUUCUCUAUGGGGUUUUCUGUACGACUUAAGAAAGCUGCCAGAAAAAGAAGAAAUGAUGAAGAAUUCCCUAAACCUUCAAGAGUUUCUAACAUUCCAAAAUAUCAAUGACAUAAAUGGAAAAGACUUGUACAAUGAAAUUAUUCAUGUUGAAAGUAUAGUGAACUAUGAAGAAGAAAAAUCGAGUAAAGUUUUGUCUACUAUCAAGGUAUUAAAAAGUUUAGAAUCACAUGACCAAAAGGACCUAUUUACUAAUUUGCGGAUUGCUCUACGUAUCAUGUUGACCAUCCCCCUGAUUGUGGCGAGUGCUGAGCGAAGUUUUAGCAAACUAAAACUUAUUAAAACUUACCUUCGCUCCACUAUGAGUCAGGAAAGGUUAAAUGCCUUGGCUAUUAUAUCUAUAGAAAAUGAGGAUGCCAAAUAG